AGUGGUGGGUCGGCCAUUUGCAUGGUGUCACAGAGUUUUAGAUCAUCAUUCUGUCACCGGAGAUCUCACUACGUUCACCAUCAAAUUUUACAAUGGCGUCCGUCUGAAAAUACCUAUCACGUUUUCGAGUAGUGACAAUAUUAUUUUAUUUAGUUUUCUUGUUAUUUUAAAUUUUAAAAACAAUAAUUAUUUUUAGUUCUUGUUCAGUGAAUAAUUUAACGUUAUCGUCUUUAAAAUGCUUAGACUUUAGUUUGUUUAUUACUCAAAUGUUAACGUGGUCUUUAUCCGGUCGCCGCUGUCAUAGCGCUGUCCCUUUCCCACUCACGCACGUAGACGGAGCUCUGCUUUCCGUCGUGCUUUUCCCCGCGCAGUCAUUGCAACAUCCGUUCAAUGGCUGGUGCACAAGAAAAAUGGUAUUUUACAAAAGAUCAGCUACAGAAUUCACCAAGCAGAAAAUGCGGUUUAGAUGCAGAUAAGGAGCUAGCAUAUCGGCAGCAGGCCGCAAACCUUAUACAAGAUAUGGGCCAGCGGCUUCAAGUAUCUCAACUAUGCAUCAACACGGCUAUAGUGUAUAUGCACAGAUUUUACGCUUUCCACAGUUUCACACAGUUCCACAGGAAUGCCAUAGCUGCCGCUGCUCUGUUUCUCGCCGCAAAGGUGGAGGAACAACCACGGAAACUCGAGUAUGUGAUAAAAGUGGCCCACGUUUGCCUCCACAGAGGUGAUGGAGCGAAUUCUCUCACCCCUGAACAGUACCAAGAACAGGCGCAGGACCUGGUCUUCAACGAAAACGUACUUCUACAAACUUUAGGGUUCGAUGUUGCGAUUGAUCAUCCGCACACGCACGUUGUGCGCACGUGUCACCUUGUCAAAGCGCCAAAGGACCUAGCUCAGACUUCGUAUUUCAUGGCGUCGAACAGUCUCCAUUUAACGACGAUGUGCCUUCAAUAUCGACCUACCGUUGUUGCGUGCUUCUGCAUACAUCUGGCAUCUAAAUGGAGCAACUGGGCGAUACCACAGUCGAAUGAAGGACGUCAUUGGUUUUCUUACGUGGAUCGGACGGUCACCACAGAUCUGCUGGAGAAACUCACAUCGGAGUUCUUGCAUAUAUUCGACAAAUGUCCGUCCAGACUCAAGAGGAAAAUGAUGUCAAUGACGUCCACAAGCGGCAAUUCACCUCAUUCAAGCGCCGUUCACCCAUCUGGAUCCAGUGCGGUGGAUAAGAAACAUCCGCCCACUGGAGACGAAUUUGAUAAGAAUUCAUUUGACAAAGAAUACGAGCGUGAAAGACGAAGACAACCCGUCCCCGGCGGAUACAUUCCCGCCACGGCACCUUCAGUGCCCCCACCACAAAAAAUAGACUAUAACCUGUACAGAGAGAAGAGAGAGAGGGAGGAAAGAGAACGGCGCGAGGAAAGAGAGAGACGGCAAGCCCUCCAAGCGCGAACCGAACAGCGGCCUACAGACAGACCGUUAGAUAGACCACAGGAGAGGCCACAAGAGAGACCACAAGAGAGGCCACAAGACAGACCACAGGAGAGACCCCAGCAAAGACCGGUCCAACAGAGACCUAUACAACAACACAAACCCCAUCCUAAUUGGCCUCAUCAUAGCAAACCGCCGCAUAAACCCCACGACCAUAGACACCAAAGACCGCCUCACCUCCCUCAACCUCAAACCCAACCGCAAACUCAACCUGAAGCUCCUAGAACUAGACCUCCAUCGUUAUUCUCGCCAGAAAAUGCGACAACUCCGAUAGCGGCGGCAACUGCGCCCAGAAGACCGCAACCGCCGAUUCCUCACAGAAAACCGGAAGUCCGGCCGAAUCCCCCUCCUCAGAUGCCUCAAAGACCCGAACAGAGACCACCGAGUCCGAAAAGACGACCUGAUCCCACUGUUGCGGUUAGAGAUAUGCAACCGCCGACUGCCGUAUCCCCGUUCUCGUCCCCACCGAAAGAAAGACAACCUCGCCAACGGGCCCCGUCAAAUUCCGAACCAGAAUUAAUACCAGUUGUGAAAAAACUAGACGAAACGCCGGGUUACGAAAACGUCAUAAGAGACUCGCAAAGAGGGAACGCGAUUAGGCCGAAACAGGAAAGGUCCGACGUGCGUAUAAAACAGGAACCGACGAGAACUGUGAACGGUAUAGAAACUGACCCCACUCUAGUAUCGAAUCUAUUGAAGGAGAGCUUAGCUAAACCGGUGCCGAUCACGGUGCCGGUGGAAAAGAAACCGAUAUUAGUUGAGCCCAAGAAGGAACCGGUCGAACCCCCACCUCCUGUACAGGUAGCACCGCAACCGGUACCGGUAGCACAGCCGGAACCGGUACCGCAACCGGUCAUAGAAGUAGAACCUAAACACAAGAAGGAAAAGAAGAAGAAGGACAAACACAAACACAAGGACAAAGACAAGAGUAAAGAGGAGAGAAAGAAACACAAGAAAGACAAAGAUAGAGAGAAGAAGCGGGAGAGUCCCGUUCAGGAACAGCCGGCUGCCACAGACGGUAGUUUGAGGAUAACUAUACCUAGGGACAAAUUAUCCUCCAGUCCCGCUUUGAAAAUCAAGAUACCUAAAGAGAGAUUGGCGGCGCCACCCCCACCACCUUCAGGAUUGAAGAUCAAGAUAUCGAAAGAAGUUCUGGAAACUUCUAGAAAGAGGACAGCGGUGAAUGAAGCCGGCCCGCCGCCGAAGAGACAUCAGAACGGAACCCCAAAGGUGGCAGAUCCAACGCCGGAGAAGUGACGUCACAUCCGCAGCCGCAACGUGUGUCGACGUUCCUCCGCAUCUUACGGACCUCACUAGCAUAGUGUAAUUUUCUUUUGUUUCACUCUUUUUUUUACUCAUCACGGACGGUUUUGACUCCUAACCUCGACACUUUUAAAUCAAUUAAUAAUAAUAUAACUGUUUGCGUGUUACUGCUCAUCGGUUGAUGGUGAGACUACAUUGGUCAGCUUUGGAAUUGUUUAGAUCAGUGGUUCCUAGCCUAGGGUAAUUAAACCCCACGGGUGUAUUCCAUUUUUUGGGCAU